AAAAAGGGUUUGGGGAUUGGUGGGGAGAAGGACCGAGAGAGCCAAGGGGCAGUGCGCGGGAGGAGGGAAGGCGGCGAGGGAGGCGGGCGCCUCGAGAGGGUGGAAGGAGGGAGGAAAAGGGCGGGGCACGGAGGCCCGAGCGAGGGACACACUCCAACUCUGACUUUUUCCGCCGCUCUCGGCUUCCACCGCGGCCAUGUCACUCCUCCUGCUGGUGGUCUCUGCCCUUCACAUCCUCAUUCUCAUCCUGCUUUUUGUGGCCACUUUGGACAAGUCCUGGUGGACCCUCCCGGGGAAGGAGUCCCUGAAUCUCUGGUAUGACUGCACGUGGAUCAAUGACAACAAAACGUGGGCCUGCAGUAACGUCAGCGAGAAUGGCUGGCUGAAAGCGGUACAGGUCCUCAUGGUGCUUUCCCUCAUCCUCUGCUGUCUGUCCUUCAUCCUGUUCAUGUUCCAGCUCUACACCAUGCGGCGAGGAGGGCUGUUCUAUGCCACUGGCUUCUGCCAGCUUUGCACUAGUGUGGCGGUGUUUACCGGGGCGCUGAUCUACGCCAUCCACGCAGAGGAGAUCCUGGCUAAGCAUCCGCGAGGGGGCAGCUUCGGUUACUGCUUUGCCCUGGCCUGGGUGGCCUUCCCUCUGGCCCUGGCCAGCGGCAUCAUCUACAUCCACCUGCGGAAGCGGGAGUGAGCGCUACGCGUCGCCUGGCCACCCCUGCUCGCCCCCGGCCCCUCCGCCUCUCCCCGCCUCCAGAAAAUAAAACCGUUUAACCGCUU